CUAUCAUUAAAGUACUCGAGGCCGUAUGACCUUAUCCUUUGACGGUCAUGAACCUCGCGCAUACAUAGACUGCCUUCUCAGCAUGGGUGUUCGGUAGAAUUGCCGCAUAAGCGGUCGAUCUCGGGUUUCUUUUUCCGCAUACCCUGGAGGCACUCGGCCAACUCCUGAAGAGCCGAAUCCGAUAACGCGGACUCCCAAAAUGGCGCGAUAAUGACAAUGGCGAUGGCUGUUCCGUCCGACCUUUUUAACUGCCAGUCUCCAAACGCUUCAUCUUCCCAUAUAACGUACUGUAGCUCAUUCUGAUCCACAUAUCAAUAGACUAUCAUGCCACCUUCGCGCGCCAGUACUAAGGUCAUAGUUAUCGGGGGCGGUGGUACUCUCGGGUCCUCUACUGCUCUUCACCUUUUACGAGCCGGUUACACUCCAUCCAACAUCACUGUGCUUGACACGUAUCCAAUCCCAUCAGCACAGUCGGCUGGCAAUGACCUCAAUAAGAUCAUGGGUAUUCGUAUCAGGAAUCCUGUAGAUAAGCAGUUGAGCCUGGAAGCAAGAGACAUGUGGAGGAAUGAUGAAGUUUUCAAGCCUUAUUUCCACAACACGGGAAGACUUGAUUGUGCUCAUACACCGGAGAGCAUUGCAUCUUUGCGUAAAUCGUACGAGGCUAUCUUAAAGGCCGGGAGCGGGCUCGAGAAGACCCACCAUUGGCUGAGUACAGAAGAUGAAAUACUGGCUAGAGCCCCUUUGUUGGAUCGGAAACAGAUCAAAGGAUGGAAAGCUAUUUACAGCGAAGAUGGGGGCUGGCUUGCGGCGGCGAAAGCUAUCAACAGUAUCGGCCAGGUGUUGAAAGAGAAAGGUGUGACAUUCGGAUUCGGGAGUGCGGGCUCAUUCAAGAAACCCUUGUUUGACGAAGACGGUACCAAGGCCAUCGGCAUUGAGACAGUUGAUGGUACGCAAUAUUUUGCCGACAAGGUCGUUCUGGCUGCCGGAGCUUGGAGUCCUACCCUCGUGGAUUUGGAAGGGCAAUGCUGUUCAAAGGCUUGGGUUUACGCCCAUAUGCAAUUGACACCAGAAGAGGCUGCCGAAUACAAGGAGUGUCCUGUGGUGUACAACUCUGAACUUGGGUUCUUCUUCGAGCCCAAUGAAAAAGGAGUCAUCAAAGUGUGCGACGAAUUCCCAGGGUUCACCCGUUUCAAGCAACAUCAACCUUACGGCGCCUCCACUACUAAACACAUCUCUUUCCCGCGCUCCCAUGCCAAACACCCUACCGAUACCAUUCCGGACGAGUCGGACGCAUCUAUCCGCCGUGCUAUCUCUGCCUUUUUACCGAGAUUCAAAGAAAAAGAACUGUUCAACAGAGCACUGUGCUGGUGUACAGAUACCGCCGAUGCCAAUCUUUUGAUAUGCGAACAUCCCAAAUGGAAGAAUUUUAUCUUAGCUACAGGGGAUAGUGGACAUUCAUUCAAAAUUCUUCCCAAUAUCGGUAAACAUGUCGUUGAACUUAUAGAAGGUACCCUUGCCGAGGACUUGGCUGAGAGCUGGAGAUGGAGACCUGGAAGCGGUGACCCCCUGAUCUCUCGUCGAGCAGCCCCUGCAAGGGAUCUUGCUGAUCUUCCAGGAUGGAACCAUGAUGAGCCCUCGGAUGACGAUAUGGAUGUAAAGGAUGUCGCUGUAUCGCUUGCUUCUGUGAAAAUUGGCGAAAACAUCGGGGAGAAGGUUGUGGAAGAUGGAGCACGAGUCGGAGUCAAAGUUCUAGCUUAGUGGUACUUAGAGAGUUAUUAGAUGUUAGCAGCAUACAGGGUCCUAUGGGAAUGCAGC